UUUUUAUUUGACAAGAGAAAUGACGUUUGUUGAUAAAUUUUUUGUUUUCCGAAAUGUUUUUUAUCCUUAAUCUUAUCUUUUGUAGUUUAGUUCAUUAGAGUAGGUUAAAAUUAAGAUAAUACGAUAAUAGGUGAAAUAGACUUAUCCUAAUAUCAUAAAUAUGACAAUGGGAGAUGAAACUCCUGUGACAACAUUAAUACUGCCUGUGUUAAUACGCCCUAUUUUAUCAGAGCUUGAAAAGCAGGAUGUCUCAGCAUCCCAGACACUUAGAUCAGCUCUCACAAAGGCAGAGGCGUCUCAUCCUGGACUUACAUACGACCUUGUUAUUGGUAUUUUGCGGAAGGGAGAUCUUACUGUUAAUAUGAAUGAGAGUAUUUUACGUUUGCAGGGAGCUGUUUCAGAUUCUGACGUUGUUGAAUAUCGCCUAAAUCGUUCCGAAGAUGCAUUCCAAGAAUUAAAUAGAAAAUCAGCAGCCUUGAAAAGAAUUCUUAGUAGAAUUCCAGAUGAAAUAACAGAUAGAAAAACAUUUUUGGAAACCAUAAAAGAAAUUGCCAGUGCUAUAAAAAAAUUAUUAGAUGCUGUUAAUGCAGUAAGUGGUUUCAUUCCGGGAACCACAGGAAAACAGUCUUUAGAACAAAGGAAGAGAGAAUUUGUUAAAUAUUCUAAAAGGUUCAGUAAUACAUUGAAAGAGUAUUUCAAAGAAGGACAUGCCAAUUCAGUAUUUGUAAGUGCCCUAUAUUUAAUUCACCAGACAAAUAUGAUAAUAACGACAGUGAAAAAUAAAUGUGAGUAAUGGAUAGUUGGAAACCGGAAUGAAAUAGAGACACUGUUCCAUUUUUGUUAACAGUUGAAAACGCCCAUAGGAGA